AUGUCUAAACGUAAACGUGUUGUCCUUUCUAUGAAAGAUAAAUACGAAAUAAAUAAACGGUUAGAGGAAGGCGAAUCUGCAACCAAGUUAUCCCUUGAAUACCAAGUUGGUAAGUCUACCAUUACAGAUAUAAAAAAACAAAAGACGAACAUAACUAACUUUAUAUCCCAGCUUGAUUCUUCUGACGGAUCCACGAGUCGUAAAACGAUGAAACUUGCCUCAAACACGAAUUUAGAUGAUGCUGUAUAUAAGUGGUUUACUCAAAAAAGAUCCCAGGGAGAACCAAUUUCUGGCCCAAUUCUGUGUGAAAAAGCAGUUCAAUUUAACGAAAAAAUUGGAGGACCGUCAAAUUUUCAAGCAAGCACAGGCUGGUUAAAACGAUUUAAGUCAAGACAUGGCAUUCGUGAGCUUCAUAUACAAGGUGAAAAACUAUCUGCUGAUUCAUCAGCAGCUGAUUCAUUCAAAAUCAAACUAAGGGAUAUGCUGAAGCAAGAAAAUUACGCUCUCGAAAACGUUUAUAAUGCAGACGAAACCGGGCUCAAUUGGAAAGCUUUGCCACGAAAAAUUCUUGCUUCACGUCGUGAAUUAGCAGCACCUGGUCCUAAAAUAAGCAAGGACCGUAUCACUGCCUUAGCAUGUGCUAAUGCUACUGGCAGCCACCGAUUGCCCAUGCUUGUGAUUGGUAAAAGCAAGAAACCACGUUGUUUCAAACACGUUAAUAUGUCUGCGAUGCCUAUCGUUUACACUUCGCAAAAAAAUGCUUGGAUGGAUAGUACAAUUUUCAUGAAAUGGUUUACAGAAACUUUUAUACCCUCUGUAAAAACCCAUCAAUUAAAAAAUGGUAAAAGAGAGAAAACGUUAUUGCUUCUUGAUAAUGCCCCAACUCAUCCAUCAUUGGACAUCUUAAAUGAAAAAGACGAUUUUAUAAAAAUCAUGUUUUUUCCACCUAACGUGACUUCAUUAUUACAGCCCAUGGAUCAAGGCGUUAUUGAGUCUUUCAAACGGUAUUAUAGAAAAGAAUUGUUACGUAAGUUACUUUUGGAAAAAGAAGAGGAGGGAGAAGAAAGCCUGAUAAAAAAUCAUAAAAAGAUUGAUUUAAAAGAUGCGUCCUACAUGAUCAGAGCAGCAUGGGACAGUGUAAAAGAGCAGAACUUGAGAAAAGCGUGGAAUAAAGUUUUGUGUAUGGGGGUAAAUCCUCAAAGUGAAUGUGUAAAUGAGAGACAGGAAGAUAUGUCUGAAAUGAUAAAUAUGCUAAAAAAUCUCGAUUGCCACGAAUGUGAUGAAGAAGAAGUUCAACAAUGGAUGAAUAUCGACGAUGAAGAUCCCGGGUACCAAAUUAUGCAGGAUAGCGAUAUUUUAGACCUCAUGACUAAUAAGGCUGACGCCACCAAGAGCACCUCAUCAACUACAAGUUCAGAUAAUGAAGAUGAAAACAUAAUUGGUGCUUCUGAAGCGUUUACUUGUUUAGAUAUUGCCUUGCGUUGGUUUGAAACACAGGCCGAAAGCGACCAGUAUCAAAUAUCUGUCCUUAAAAAAGUACGUGACUUAGCCGCUCGUAAGCGGGUAGGCUUACUUCGGCAGACGAAGAUGGAAGAUUUUUUUAAACGUUAA